UAAUUUCAAACUCGUGGCCGUACCAGUAUUCAAUGCACCUCCGCCGAAGGCACCCAAGCUGCACCAUGAAGUCGCUAUUUUGGCCGUUCACCGCCGGGAAACAUAAAUAUUCUGUGUAUGCAUCGGAUUCCGUUUUCUCCGUCCACCGCCGGGAGGAAUAGAUUCAAGGUAACACAAAUAAUUGAAUUCAAAUUCCAUUUUCCGUUGCUUUCAGUUUUCACCAUGUUCAACUUCAUUACAUGCCGCCACAAAACCCUAAUCUACCUCAAACCCUUAACUUCUCCACAAACAUCACCAUUUUCUCUGCAUUUUUCCACCAACACUUCCGAUUCAACCUCAUUCGCAGUCUCCUACCUCAUCCACACUUUCGGUUUCUCCCCACAAUUUGCUUCCAAACUCUGCUCCACUUACAAGGUUAAAUUCAAAACCACCCAAAAACCUGAUUCAGUUCUCAACUUCUUUAGAAACCACGGUUUCUCAGAACCCCAACUACGCGAUUUGAUUGCAAAGGGACCCUAUCUCCUUUCCUGCAACCCAUCCAAAACGGUGUUGCCAAAGUUUCAAUUUUUUCUCUCCAAAGGCGCCUCUUACUCCGACAUUGUUAAACUUGUCACUAAAACACCCCGUGUUUUAUCUCCAAGCCUCAAGAAUCAAAUUGUCCCAACCUAUGAAUUGACACAUAGAUUCCUUCAAUCCGACAAGGACACUAUUGCUUGUGCUGUUCACAAUCCAACUUUACUUAGUCACCCUCAAGUGUCGCGUAACAUUAGAAUCUUAAUUGAGAACGGAGUGCUAGACUCAAGCAUUGCAAGAUUGCUUCAGAGGCGGCCUCGGAUAUUGGAUACACCUGACAUGUUGGAGCUGGUGGAGGAAUUAAAGGAUUUGGGUUUUAAUCCUUCAAAACCAGCCUUUGGUGUAGCAUUGGCUGCAAAAAUAUCAGUAACCAAAACUCGGUGGAAAGAGAAAGUCGAUGCCUUUAAAAAAUGGGGCUGGUUGGAUGAAAAUGUUCUCGAUGCAUUUAAAAGGCAGCCUAAAUGUAUGUUAGUAUCCAUUGCUAAAAUUGAUUCAGUGAUGAGUUUUUGGGUCAAUCAGUUGGGUUGGGAUGCUCUCGCCCUUACCAAAGGACCAACAAUUUUUUCGUUAAGUUUGAAAAAAAGGAUCAUUCCGAUGGCACAUGUACUGCAAUUUCUGAUGGAGAAAGGUUUGCGAAAAAAGAAUGCUAGCUUAACUUCUCCAUUUAUGGUGCCUGAGAAAUAUUUCCGUGAUAUGUUUAUAAAACGUUUUGACGAAUCUUCUUAUCUAUUAAAGUUGUAUGAGGAAAAACUCAAUCCUGCAUUCACAGCUGACAAAACUUGCAUGUGACGAUCAGGUCUAAUAAUACCUCAAAAGUUGAAUUUUCUUGCAUUUAUGGGUAUGGAGUUCUUUUUUUUUUUUGUGAUAGUGUGAAAUGAUUGAAUUUUCCAUGUUUGUUUAGCCCAAAAACCUGAAAUAGUUUUAAAUUACAGUUGCAAAUACCAACAGGGUAAAUACUACUCUGUGAUUGUGGUUAUGGUGCAAUUGUGAAGAUAUCUCAAACUUCAACAUUGAAGUUACAAUUAUAGUUGGGAACUACAACUGUUUAAUACUUGGCAAUCAGCUUUAGGCCACUGUCAAGCCAACUCUUAGGACCUGAGUUUACUUAGAUAUCAAGUCAUCAAUCAUAUAAAAUGAUACUCCUAAUUCAAAGUGUACAUUCUUUCUUUUCUGGCUUUAUUCAAAACCCAUUAACUUUCACAAAGAUGUAUUUUGAAACGAAUUAAAAUAUAAUUUUACAUGAUAAAAAAAUCUUAAUUUUCUUGGAACAAGUUCUGAAUUUGAGGUAGAGUGUAUCCAAGGAGGUAGAAUCCUCUUUAUCUACAUAUCACUAAAUUUCUCUCUUAAUUUUGGUUUUAGAUUGGGUGGAGUCAAAGUAUCAUUCAACUGCUACAGUCCACAAAUCCUUGUCAUUUUGUUUAAAAACAUAGCUGGAAAAUAAUACUUUUUUAUUCAUAAAAGUGGCAAUGGUGACUAUUUUAUAACUGUACAGUAGGAAAUUUGAAUACUGUCUUUUGGAGUUAUCAUAGGCAUGCUAACUUCACCAAAUCAUAUUUUAAAUAAAACUCAAAGUACAAAGUAUUUAAUCUAAUAAUAAACAAGAUUUUAUUACUAUAAUGAAGCUACAAUUGUGAUUGUGGAGUCCAGUUACAUAAAACACUAGUUUUAUGCCAUAGUCAGGUCUUUCGCAAGACCUAAUUUUGUGGAGUACAAUUCCUUAAAACACAAUUUUAUGAAGAAUAUUGAUUUAACAUGAAUUUCUAUCUCAUUACUUUUGGAAUUAUCUAAUACAUGGAAAGAUCAGUGAGGUUUUAUUUUCCUUUUUUUUCUUCUAUUUCUUGUUUUGUUGUCUUUUCUAAUGGUGUUAAUAAAAUUAUCAUCUUUGUUUUUCAUUAGUCAUCAUUCUAUAUUUUUGGUUUUUCUUAUUUUAGUCUAUCUUUUUUUUUUAUUACUCGUACAUUUUUAUGUCACAAAAUGAACUCACAGACACUUAGAGAUCCCUUCACCUAAAGAAUAAAAAUGAAUUCAAUAAUUCACCCCAUAUAAGCCCUAGUUUGGCUAAAACAAUAGAAACAAGAAGAGUUUUAUAAUUAUUAUUUUAUCUUUAAUCUGCAAUGAUUCGAACCAACAUUUUUCUUCUAAAUUCUUCUUUCAAUAUACUCUGAUCAAUGCAAAAUAUGGAAUUUUUUAACACAGAAUAAAAAUUAAUAAAGGAGAUGGAAAGAAAAGAGAGAUAAUGUUUUUGGCUCUCCUAUUGAUGGACAAUGUGGAAGGAGAGCAUGAGAGUGAUGUGAAUCCUAAUUCUAAUUGGUAAUAUAGAUCUCAAUUAAAACAAAAGAACAUCUUGUAUUAUCAUAAUAAGUUUUCCAUAUUUAGUUACUGUAAAUUAAAAGUCUUACAAACUUUAAAGAUUAUAAUAUCAAUAAAUGUGAACAAAUAUUUUUUUUAAACGUAAGAAAUUUUGCAUGCAAUGCUAAAUGGGAGAAAAAUAUAAUGAAAAG